GCGGGCGGAGCCGCCAGCGGGACCGGGACCGGGAACAGGAACAGGAACGGCAGCGCGGCCAUGGCCGGGCCUGAGGCCGCGGGAGUCGCCGCCGCUGAGGGGAGCGGAGCCGGGAAUGGCGGCCGCGAUGGCUACGACGGGAAGUGCGUGUUCUGCAGGAUCGCCCGCCGGGAGGAGCCGGGCACGGCGCUGCUCCCCUGCCAGGAUGAAGACCUUGUUUGCUUUAGAGACAUAAAACCCGGUGCCCCCCACCACUACCUGGUGGUGCCCGUGAAGCACAUGGGAAACUGCAAAACGCUGAAGACAGAGCACAUACCUCUAGUGAAGAGAAUGAUGGAAGUGGGAAAAGCUGUUCUCCAGCAGAAUAAUUUUAAUGACUUGAAUGACGUAAGAAUGGGUUUUCACUGGCCACCGUUCUGCUCCAUAGCCCACUUGCACCUCCACGUCCUGGCCCCAGCCAGUCAGAUGGGGUUCUUAUCCAGGAUCUACUACAGAAUCAAUUCCUACUGGUUUAUCACGGCUGAACAACUGAUCGAGAGACUGCAAACUGAAAAUGCUGCCAGCUGAAAGCUUGUGUUGUCAGCCAGUUUGGUCUUUGAGC